GGAGUGACAAGUGGACCUCGCAUUUCACAAAACCUCUAUUAUUGGUAAUUGUUAUAAAGAUCCUUGUUUCCUUGUAGAACACACUCUUUAGAAACUAGUAAAAGAAAAUGAAUUUAACACAAAAAUUUCUGCUUCUGCUUCUAUUUGUCUUGAGUCAUCAUGCUGAAUCUAGCUCUAUCGUCAAGUUUCUUCCUGGUUUUGAAGGCCCUCUUCCUUUCGAACUCGAAACCGGGUACAUUGGUAUUGGUGAGAAAGAAGAAAUACAAUUGUUCUACUACUUUAUCAAGUCUGAGAACAAUCCAGACGAAGACCCUCUUCUUCUAUGGUUAACCGGAGGGCCUGGAUGUUCUUCUAACACUGGCCUAUUUCUCGAGAAUGGACCUCUGGCUUUUAAGUCCGAGGUCUACAAUGGAAGUGUCCCUUCUUUGGUCUCUACUACAUACUCGUGGACAAAGAUGGCGAACAUAAUAUUUUUGGAUCAGCCUGUUAGAACUGGCUUCUCCUACUCGAGAACCCCACUUAUUGAUAAGCCUAGCGACACAGGCGAAGUUGAGAGGAUCCGUGAGUUUCUUCUAAAGUGGCUAAACAAACAUCCAACGUUUUCUUCAAACCCUUUUUAUGCUGCCGGAGAUUCUUAUUCUGGUAUGACUGUUCCGGCCCUCGUUCAAGAAAUCUCAAAAGGAAAUUAUAUAUGUUGCGAACCUCCUAUAAAUCUACAGGGAUAUGUGCUCGGGAACCCGAUAACACAUAUUGAAGAAGAGAUAAAGUAUCGCGUUCCAUUUUCUCAUGGAAUGGGACUAAUAUCAGAUGAACUAUACGAGUCAAUUAGGAGUGCCUGCAAAGGAAAUUAUUUCAAUGUGGAUCCAAGUAACACAAAAUGUUUGAAACUUGUUGAGGAAUACCAUAAGUGUAUCGACAAACUGUAUGAAUAUAAUAUAUUAUUACCAGAUUGCAACAUGACAUCUUCUGAUUGCUUUUUAUAUCCAUAUUAUCUCCUUAACUUUUGGGCCAACGAUGAGAGUGUUCGCGAUGCUCUUCAUAUUAAAAAGGGGAGUAUAGGAGAAUGGGUGAUAUGUAGUCGGAGUAACGCAUACAACAACGACAUCAAGAGCAGCGUACCAUACCAUAUGCAUAACAGUAUUAAUGGCUACCGAUCUCUUAUCUACAGUGGUGAUCAUGAUUUAGUGGUUCCUUUCCUUGCUACUGAGGCCUGGAUAAAAUCUCUAAAUUACUCCAUCAUUCAUGAAUGGAGACCUUGGAUGAUAAAAGAUCUAAUCGCUGGAUACACAAGAACUUAUUCCAAUAAGAUGACAUUUGCUACAGUCAAAGGAGGUGGGCACACAGUAGAGAAUAAACCUAAUGAGUCUUUUAUCAUGUUUCAACGGUGGAUUAAUGGCCAACCUUUGUGAUCGAGGGUCAUGGUUUUUAAGUAUAUAAUAAAAAAAUAUGUAACAUGAAAUGUUUGUAUACAUUACAAUUAUCUAUUUCCUGCGUUUUUUAUUACUUGUCGUUCUAGAGUUAAAAUUUUGUGUCAUAAUACUUGUCGUUUUAGAUUUCCAAUGCAAAUAUUUGGUAAAUA